GCUGUAGUUCUGGAAGGGAAGGUUAUUGUGUGUGAGGUGGGUGGGGCAGAUGUUUUGCUAAGACUGGAAACCCCGUCGGUGGCUCCUGCACUCCUGUGUUUGCUAAGCGAGAGAGAACGGAUGGAGGAAGGUUUAGAGCGUAGGAGCUUGGAAGAACUUCUGGGGAUCCAGCUGAACGUAUACCUGUGGUCAGUGAUCCGGGGGACCAAUAUUGUCAGUGCUACCCCUGUAACAGACUUGGUGAGACUCCAGACUCAAGCGACUUAAAAGUGUUAUGCCAAGUAGUGAUUUAAUUGUAGCUGGAACCACCUACUAUUGCAGCCAUGGAGUCAAUGCUUAAUAAAUUGAAGAGUACUGUUACAAAAGUCACAGCUGAUGUCACUAGCGCUGUGAUGGGAAAUCCUGUCACUAGAGAGUUUGAUGUUGGUCGUCACAUUGCCAGUGGUGGUAAUGGGCUAGCUUGGAAGAUUUUUAAUGGCACAAAGAAAUCAACAAAGCAGGAAGUGGCUGUUUUUGUCUUUGAUAAAAAGCUGAUUGACAAAUACCAAAAAUUUGAAAAGGAUCAAAUCAUCGAUUCUCUAAAACGAGGAGUCCAGCAGUUGACUCGGCUACGACACCCUCGGCUUCUUACUGUUCAGCAUCCUUUAGAGGAAUCAAGAGAUUGCUUGGCAUUUUGUACAGAACCAGUUUUUGCCAGUUUAGCCAAUGUUCUUGGUAACUGGGAAAACCUUCCUUCCUCUAUAUCUCCAGAAAUCAAGGAUUAUAAACUUUAUGAUGUCGAAACCAAAUAUGGUUUGCUUCAGGUUUCUGAAGGUUUGUCAUUUUUACAUAGCAGUGUGAAGAUGGUUCAUGGAAAUAUUACUCCUGAAAAUAUAAUUUUGAAUAAAAGUGGAGCCUGGAAAAUAAUGGGUUUUGAUUUUUGUUUAUCAUCAACCAAUCCUUCUGAACAAGAGCCAAAGUUUCCUUGUAAAGAAUGGGACCCAAAUUUACCGUCAUUGUGUCUUCCAAAUCCUGAAUAUUUGGCUCCUGAAUACAUUCUUUCUGUGAGCUGUGAAACAGCCAGCGAUAUGUAUUCUUUAGGAACUGUUAUAUAUGCUGUAUUUAAUAAAGGAAAACCUAUAUUUGAAGUCAACAAGCAAGAUAUUUACAAGAGCUUCAGUAGGCAGUUGGAUCAGUUGAGUCGUUUAGGAUCUAGUUCACUUACUAAUAUACCUGAGGAAGUCCGUGAACAUGUUAAACUACUGUUAAAUGUUACUCCAACUGUAAGACCAGAUGCAGAUCAAAUGACAAAGAUUCCUUUCUUUGAUGAUGUUGGUGCAGUAACACUGCAAUAUUUUGAUACUUUAUUCCAAAGAGAUAAUCUUCAGAAAUCACAGUUUUUCAAAGGACUGCCAAAAGUUCUACCAAAACUUCCCAAGCGUGUCAUCGUGCAGAGAAUUUUGCCUUGUUUGACUUCAGAAUUUGUAAACCCUGACAUGGUACCUUUUGUUUUGCCCAAUGUUCUACUAAUUGCUGAGGAAUGUACCAAAGAAGAAUAUGUGAAGUUAAUUUUACCUGAACUUGGCCCUGUAUUUAAACAACAGGAGCCAAUCCAGAUUUUGUUAAUUUUCUUGCAAAAAAUGGACUUGCUAUUGACCAAAACCCCUCCUGAUGAGAUAAAGAACAGUGUCCUGCCAAUGGUUUACAGAGCACUAGAAGCUCCUUCUAUUCAGAUCCAGGAGCUCUGUCUAAACAUCAUUCCGACCUUUGCAAAUCUCAUAGACUACCCGUCCAUGAAAAAUGCUUUGAUACCAAGAAUUAAAAAUGCCUGUCUGCAAACAUCUUCCCUUGCUGUUCGUGUAAAUUCAUUAGUGUGCUUAGGAAAGAUUUUGGAAUACUUGGAUAAGUGGUUUGUACUUGAUGAUAUUCUACCCUUCUUACAACAAAUUCCAUCCAAGGAACCUGCGGUCCUCAUGGGAAUUUUAGGGAUUUACAAAUGUACUUUUACUCAUAAGAAGCUGGGAAUCACCAAAGAGCAGCUUGCUGGAAAAGUAUUGCCUCAUCUGAUUCCCCUAAGCAUUGAGAAUAAUCUUAAUCUUAAUCAGUUCAAUUCUUUCAUUUCUGUCAUAAAAGAAAUGCUUAAUAGAUUGGAAUCUGAACAUAAGACUAAACUGGAGCAACUUCAUAUAAUGCAAGAACAGCAGAAAUCUUUGGACAUAGGAAAUCAAAUGAAUGCUUCUGAGGAAUCAAAAGUAACAAAUAUUACAAAUAUUGGGAAUCAGCAGAUCGACAAGGUUUUUAACAACAUUGGAGCAGACUUUCUGACUGGUGGUGAAUCAGAAAAUAAAGAGGAUGCACUACAGAAUAAACAUAAAAAAGUAUCACUUACGCUUGAAGAAAAACAAAAAUUAGCAAAAGAACAAGAGCAAGCACAGAAGUUGAAAAGCCAGCAGCCUCUUAAACCCCAAGUGCACACACCUAUUGCUCCAGUUAAACAGACUAAGGACUUGACAGAUACUUUGAUGGAUAAUAUGUCAUCUUUGACCAGCCUUUCUAUUGGUACCCCUAAAGUGUCUGCUUCAAGUACUUUCACUUCUGUUCCUUACACGGGAAGGAUGAAGUUUUCUACACCAAUUGAUAAUACAAAAAGAAAUUUGACAAAUGGCCUAAAUGCCAACAUGGGCUUUCAGACUUCAGGAUUCAGCAUGCCGGUCAAUACAAACCAGAACUUCUUCAGCAAUCCAAGCACAUGUGGCGUGACCAAGAUGGCUCCCACUUUUCCAAGCCUCAGUGAUUUGAGUGUUCCUCUUGCUGCUGGUGUGAAGCAGACCCAACAAAUCCAACAAAGACCUACAGAUAUGUCUGCCCUUAAUAAUCUCUUUGGUCCUCAGCAACCCAAAGUUAGCAUGAACCAACUAUCACAACAGAAACCAAAUCAGUGGCUUAAUCAGUUUGUUCCUUCUCAAGUUUCUGCAGGUAUGGGCAGCUCAGUAAUGGGGACGCAGAUGAACAUGCUAGGACAAUCUGCCUUUGGUGUGCAGGGUAAUCCUUUUUUUAAUCCACAGAACUUUGCACAGCCACCGACUACUAUGACUAAUAGCAGUUCAGGUAGCAAUGAUUUAAAAGAUCUUUUUGGGUGAGGUGUCUUGCUUCUAUUUUUGAAGGGUUACUUCAGUUUUAAUCAUGGGUGAGCUGAUUUACAUCAUUGUAUAGAUGGCUUGAAGGAAGUACAUCUGAGGGAAAGUGAAUGGUUCUGUGGCAGAGAACACCUUUUUCCAUGCCAGCCAGCAUAGUAACUGUAUGGACUCCUACCUAGUUGAGUUUUUUAAAGCAUUGAGGAUUUAUUUCCUCUUACCAGUUCCUCUUCAGGUUUUUAAAGACUCAACUCCUACCAAUCUCAAAGAGAAAAAAAGAUCAACUAAGUUAUCUUGAAUAGCAGAAUUUUUAAAUCAAAUGUUUAUUUUGGCUUGUAAAUCUUGAUGUUAUUUAAAAAAUUGAGUUGAUUGUAACUGCAAGCGUAUCUGUUAUGUAUGUACUACAUGGUACACAGUCUGCCUUCACAAGUCAUUGGUCUUCAUUUUAACAUGUGAAAAAUCUUGAUGCUGUACUUAUUUGUUUGCAUUUAGUAUGACCGAGUAAGAAAAUAAUAAGCAUAAAGAGAAGGAUCAGGUCUUUGACUUUUUCCAAUUUUAUUUGCUUUUCAUCAGAUGAACUAAUGUUAAGUAUGAAAGACUGAGCAAGUACUGCAAAACUUAGCUUCCUUGAUUUCAUUGGUUUAAGAAGCAUCAUUAACCAUCUUAAAUGCAAACUAAUCAUUGUAAAUUAUAUUUUAGCAUGAUCUGCCUCAAAUUGUAAUGUAUUUUUCUGCAUUUACUUGGAUAUAUUUAGAAUCACCUUUUUCCUACUGUAUCACAGAAGUAUGUACUUAUUUGUACAGAUAUUUGACAAAGCACUCUGAUGUAAUUUCCCUGGCUAUUGCCUUCAGAUUUCAUUUUGAAUUCAAACUUCUGAGGUUGCGCCAUAUACAAAUUACAUUUUCAAAAGGAGAUUUGUAAGAAGUAAACUAUAUUUAAUGAGUAAACUUUUGAGAAUUCUACUGUAUUGUUUCAAAUGUAAUAAAUUUCUCUAAAAAUGAGCAGUUACAUCUUCUGGCUACCAACAAAUUAAUUUUUGGCUUGCUGUGAUAGUCUGAAAUCAAUUACUGCUAUGGAAAUUUAAUUCUUUCUUUUCUAGGAAUUUCAGGAACAUUUUGUUCAGGCAUUUUAAUGUAUUUUAAUUACCUAUUUUUAGAAAGGAAAGAAUACAUUCUCUUAACAGGAAACAUGCUUCGCUUUUCAAAUCUUUCUCUGAUGCUUUUUUCUUUAAUUUGCUGAUUAUUCAACCACAUAGCCUUACGCUAUAAAUGUCAUUUGUAUUUUUUAAAGUUAUAUUCCACCAUUAUGUGAUAACUUUAAAACUAUCUUUUAAAGAACUAAAUGUGUCUUACAGUUGCUGCCAUAUAAUUUGUGGUUUUUAAUUAUCUGGAACCAGCAAUCAUUUAAAUAAACCGUAUGAAAUUCAA